AUGUCGACAACAAUAGCCCUCUCUUCAACAGCAAAACGAGAUUUGAUUCUGAUAGCCUCAAUAUUAAUCCGCUUUUUAUUGUUCCAAUUCGACAAUGUCACUGAGAUUCUUGGUAGCAGAGUCGAAAUAGUCACUCCAGUCACAAGUUUUCGAAGACUUACCGAGGGGAUAUAUUUAUUCCAGAAUGGUGUUCCACCAUACGAUGGAGGCAUUUUCCAUCAGCCACCGCUUCUCCUCCCCAUAUUUGCAUACAUUCCUACAAUCCUCACACCAAUACUCUAUACAUGCCUUGAUCUCGUAUUUGCAUAUCUAAUACAAGAGAUAACACGAAUAAAACAGCAGCUAUACAAGGAUUGCCCACGCAGUGAUGGAGAUGAGGGUGAAAUUGAGCCAUGGGUCGUUGCUGGAUGCUACCUGUUGAAUCCAUUGACGAUAGCAACAUGUCUAUCAAAGUCAACGGUAGUGUUUACAAAUUUUGCCGUUGUUGCGAGUGUUUACUAUGCUAUGAAAGGAAAUAGAUCAUACGCAAUGUUUGGAAUUGCUAUGGCUACUUAUUUAAGUCUUUAUCCCAUAACUAUGGUUGCACUGAUAAUACUACUUCUUAAUCAGAAUAUGCCUGGAAAGAGCAUUGCUGUCCAUUGCAUAAUAUUAUUUAUUGGAUGGCUGAGCGGUCUUAUCGGUUUAUCUUAUUUAUUAGUCGGGUCGUGGGAUUUCUUGUCGGCUACAUAUGGUUUCAUUCUGCUGCUUUCUGACCUCGCUCCAAAUAUUGGACUAUUCUGGUACUUUUUUAUUGAAAUGUUUGAUCAGUUUCGUAAUUUCUUCCUGGUGGUAUUUCAGUUACACACGCUUAUAUUUGCCGCACCACUCACGAUAAAGUUCAGAGAUCAUCCUUUGUUUGCAGUAUUUGUGCUUGGUGGAAUAACGGCUGUGUUCAAGUCAUACCCAUCAAUUGGAGACGCGUCAUUAUAUAUUGCAUUCCUGCCAAUAUAUUCAGAAAUAGUCAACUAUAUGAGGUAUAGCUUUCUCAUCACGAACAUAUUCCUUUAUUCUUCUCUGCUAGCACCCAUAUUUUAUCAUUUAUGGAUCUACGCUGGAAGUGGGAAUGCGAACUUUUUCUAUGCAAUCACGCUUGUAUAUAGUAUCGGGAACAUUGUUUUAUUGGUAGAUGCAACCUAUGCAAUGUUGAGAAGAGAGUUUGAUGUGCGGAAUCCGGAAUUGAAAGGACGUGAAGUUACGCAAAAGUAG